AUGUUCAUCGAAUUUUCUGCUUAUAGGAAGACAGUUAGACUUGAUCCUUCAUCAGUUAAGACUCUUUCACAGGCCUUUGAAGCUAUCAAAGGACCACUUGGAUUAACUGAGCCAAAAGAAAAUUAUGUAUUUUUAAAUCACGUCGCCAAAGAAUUCAAAGACGUACCAAUCACAUAUCUUAAGAUUAAUGGCACUUAUCCACCAGUCGUUAUUGCAACAAAGGCAGAACAACAAAAAAUCAAUGAAUUUUUAAAGAAAUGCUUCAAUACACUCUCUGUUGAUUCAAUAUUGAUGCCAACAAACGCUAUUACACUCAAUGGUAAAAUCAAUUUAAUGCAAACAAUGAUUCGUAACGCUUAUAAUGAAGAUGAUGUUAUGGCCUUAAUUGACAUCAUUCCAUCCGAUAAGUUCGCUGAUCUUUCCGGUCUUCCACUCAUCCAGGCUAUUGUUGACUGGUUCCGUACAGAAUUUAUGCAAUAUAUGCAGAAACCACUUUGCCAUUGCUGCCAAAAGGAGGUUGAGAAGAUCAAGGAUGGUACUUCAUCAUCCCAGGAGAGAGAAGACGGCGCAGUUCUUACUUAUAGAUAUAGAUGUGGAAAUUGCAACGCCAUUACAAGAUUCCCGAGAUAUACAAAGGUCUCAACACUCAUCGAGACAAAGGUUGGCCAAUCUCUUGAAUAUUCCGUCUUAAUUACUUCAAUUUUGAACUUUAUGGGAUUCCCUUCAAGAAUUGUUUGCAACAUGCACUAUGACAGAUUCUGGGUUGAAGCAUAUUCAUACGACCUCGCUAGAUUCGUCCACGUUGACCCUGUUGAAGGAAUUAUCGAAUCUGAGUACAUUUACGAACAAUGGAGUAGAAAGAUUGUAUGGAUUAUUGCUGUAAGCCAGUUUGGUGUUGCUGAUGUUACUGCUAGAUACACUAAAAACCUUCCAGCUGUUAAUGAAUUACGUAAUAAGUUGUAUGAAGAAGAAAAGUUCAAGAAACUUAUCAGACUCAGAGAUACAAUGGCUAAACAUGGCGUUAGUCAGGAAUUGCUUGAAAAUGAAACUGCUUUUGCAAAGGCUAAUUCAUAUUGUCCAAAUAGAGAGCUAACAGAGGUCGAGAAGCAACCACAAAAGGUUGGCAAUGAAUAA